AUGUCCCGAUCCGCCGCAGAUGCAACGCGGUUCACGGCCACAAGGCCACACGCCACGUCCAAAACCAGCGGAGCACCCUACGAGCUCCCUGAGUUCUUGAAAACCGAAGAAAACAAAAAAAAGAACAAGACACGAACACCACAGACUGGGCCUGAUGGCAAGCCGGAGACACCGAAGCAGAAGGUUGAACGUCUGCGGGCGCAGGCACGGGCUAGCCGGAUGGCACAGUCGAGUGGUGUUGAUCGGUGGAUUGAGGCUGGACGGCGGUUCGCCAAUAAAGCGCAUAAGGGAACGGUUUAUUCGCUAAUUGUUGCUUCGGGCGUCUGUGGUGUCCUGACCGUUUACUCCAUGGUCUCGUUGACUCUCUACAACCGCCGCCAACGCACCCUGUGGAUCGAGAGGGAGCUCGAGACCCUUAAACAAGCCCGCAUCGCACAGGCUAAUGGAUACGCCACCGAAGAGCAAUUGGAACUUGUCAAGAAGGAGGAUAUUGAGGAGAUUUAUCAGCGAAAGAAGGCCGAGGAGAAAGCGAAGCGGCCAUGGGCUAAGGUGAAGCAAUACCUAUUCUCAGGUAUGAAGGCCGAGGAUACGAGUGCCGCCGCGACAUCAGCAGUUGCUACUGAGACGCCUGUGAUGGACGCUGUUAAUGCACAGAACGCCUUCGAGGCUGCUGCUGCGAAAACUGUCAGCCCCGUGCCUGGUCAGUUGGACGUUAUUGCCGAGAAUGCAGAGCACGCCGUGACGGAAAAGACUAAGAGCUGGACCAGUUGGUUGACUGGACGGUAG